CAGCCCGAGUGCCACCUUGCCCUUCCCCUACCCUCGCCUCCUUUUCCACCCUCUCCCCUGUUCCCCGGGGUAGCGUUGUUGCAAAGAUCAGAUCAGACGACCGUCCGCCUCUUCCCGCGCUCCCCGCCUCAGAUCCAGGCGUCCAUGCCCCGUCGACGUGCGCAACCUUCUUUGGGGACAGCGGACAGCAGCACCGUCUUCCCAACCGCGCAUGCCCCCCACCACGUUUUCCUCAAUUCUUUACGGGCCUUCCAGAGAUUAGCAGGGUUCUGCACCAAUUACCGCUCUCGCUACGACGCCGUCAGAUCACAUCUCCAUGGAAACCACCUGCAGAAAAGGUGGGGCACCGCCUCCACCGCCCGCUCGGACUUCAAAUUGAAAAGAGGCUCGGCCCAGGGCUUUCUGGGAAGUGUAGUCGGAUGCGCCGUCCGUGCGCGCUUGCGUCGCGCGACGCCGUUCCUUUGUGUUGGUGAGCGGGUAGGCGGGCCUGGGAGACUCCAUGGUAACCGGUUGGGCCAACCCGUAGGUCUUCAGCACGACCUUGCGGGACCUGGUGGGCGUUUGAGAGGCGAUGGGGGUCGUGGGGUAAGGGCUUGGGUAGCCGACAGGGGCAGAGAAGCCGAGCAAGACAGUGAGGAGAGACAGACACAAAGACAGGGCAAGGAGAGGCCAAGGGCCCACUGGGGGCAGAGAGAGAGCUGAGGAGAGGCAGUGUUCAAAGUAAUUGAACAGGGAUCCCUGGGUGGCGCAGCGGUUUGGCGCCUGCCUUUGGCCCAGGGUGUGAUCCUGGAGACCCGGGAUCGAAUCCCACAUCGGGCUCCUGGUGCAUGGAGCCUGCUUCUCUCUCUGCCUGUGUCUCUGUCUCUCUCUCUCUGUGUGUAACUAUCAUAAAUAAAAAAAUAAAAAAAAAAGAUUUAAAAAAAAAAAAAAACAAAGUAAUUGAACAGAUACAGAGACUGAGACACUGGUAAGAAAGAAAGUCAACAGAGAGGAAUAUCUACUCUCAGAGACCUAGAGAAUGUGAAAAGAAGCCAGAGGAUCAGAGAGUCAGGGCCGGUUAGACAGGAGUGUCAGAAAAGUUAGAAAGAGGGAGGGAGAUCAGGAAGGGAUGGAUAUGAAAGAGACAAAGAGGGUGAGAGAGAAUAGAUUCACAAAGACAGUGCAAAUAUCGAGAUUCAAGAGAUAGACAAGGAAUACUGGCAUACAGAGAGACAAGAGGAGAGAAAGGGACAAAACUUUGAAAUACAGCAAAGAUGGAGAGUUUUCAAAGACCUAGAGAAGGGGGACAGCAAGAAGUGAGACAGUUGGAGGUAGACUUGUUAGGAAAACUUAUCCAAAAUUUGACGGGGGACGCCUGGGUGGCUCAGCGGUUGGGCGCCUGUCUUCUGCUCAGGUCUGAUCCCGGAAUGCGGGAUUGAGUCUCGCAUCGAGCUCCCUGCGAGGAGGCUGCUUCUCCCUCUGCCCGUGUCUCUGCCUCUCUCUUUUAGUCUGUGUCUCUCAUGAAUAAAUAAAUAAUAAAGUCUUUUAAAAAUUUUGACAAUAGGACAAAAAGAUGAUUGGGAGCCCUCUCUGCGUUUCCUGGCAUUGUCUAUCAAGCCAGCUUCUGAUUCCCGAAAACGAAGUAACACUUUCUCUCUUAAGUACCUUAAAAAAAAUUUUUUUAUUUAUUUAUUCAUAGAGAUGCAGGGAGAGAGAGAGGCAGGGGGAGAAGCAGGCUCCACGCAGAGAGCCUGACGUGGGACUCGAUCCCAGGUCUUCAGGAUCACGCCCUGAGCUGCAGGUGGCGCUAAACCGCUGCGCCACCGGGGCUGCCCUCCCUCUUAAGUACCUUUUGAUCAGAAUCCAGGCUGCAAACGCUUGUGGUUAGAGUUGUAUAUCACCUCUAGGACACCGAGCAGAAACUGAGACACCCGGGCCCCCACCUGUGGGGCACUACUAAUUCGACUUUGGGCUUUUAUUUCAGUGCUCCUUUUUCUCACCUUUUCUGUUCUUUCUCAUCUUUCUGGAACCACCUAUGUCAUCCUGCUAGUUCCCUCCAUGAGGUAAAUAACUUUUUGACACGCAAUCAUAGAGCUUAUUUUUAACUUUUAAAAAAUAUUUGACAGUAUGAGCGGAAUGAAUUCUUCAGGAUGGGAGACAAACCGAGAGAAAAAGAAAACGGACAUAGCCGGGAAGGAAAGGACAUAGGGAGGAUGAUGGAAAGUCACACAAAGUAGGCGGCGGGAAAAAUUCGAGAGAAAUGAAGCAGCUUCGGGCAGAGAAAGCCUCCGGCGCCCCCGGCUGGACUCUACGCGCAGCGCCCCCGUCGCCGAACUACAUUUUCCGGCCGGCCUGGGAGCGCCGGGCGCAGGGCUCAGAGCCGUCAGGGGCGGGACUCCUCCAAUCUCGCCAGUCCCGGUCAGUCGGCCGUCUCCGCGGAUAACAUGGAGGCUGAGCUCAGCCGCCUCCAGAAAAAGGCACUGUAAGGCAGGAGAUGGGGAAGAGCCACAGCCCCACCGGCCCAGCAGAAGCAGCUGGCCCGCGUCGCGGUCUGGAGGUAGAGGCAGGUGUGGCAGGAGAGGCCAAGAGGCUGCCAUUGUGGGCACACACUGGACAGGCACUGGGGAGAGACCUCAUCAAGGCACGUGGCUCAGGGAGGCGGAAUGAAGACAACUCCCCGGCUGCAAGUGUCAGGGAAGGCACCCCUUGGUGGGAUUGGUCUCCGCCACAGUGCCAAGCGGGACCGAAAGUCCAUCACACUGCAUGUAAAGUUAGAGGUGCUUCGGAGGUUUGAGGAAGGUGAGAAGCUAACUCAGAUUGCCCGAGCCCUGGGGCUGGCCACCUCUACCGUCGCUUCGAUCCGUGUCAACAAGGACAAGAUCCGGGCCAAUUCUCAGGCAGCCACACCUGUCAGUGCCACACAGCUGACCCGCUGCCGGGGUGUGGUGAUGGGCCAUAUGGAACGCUUGCUCAGCCUAUGGAUUGAGGAGCAAAAGCGGCAGAACCUGCCCAUCAGCACACUGCUCAUUCAGGAUAAGGCACGACGGCUCUUUGUGCAGCUGCAGCAUGAGCAGGGCAAUGGCACUCAGGCUGAGACCUUUGGGGCCAGUAAUGGCUGGUUUGCCCGAUUCAAGGCUCGCCACAAUGUGCUUUUGACAGAUGAGCCAUCCGUGGCUGACACCCAGGCUGCUGCCCACUACCCCCUAGUGCUGCGCACCAUUCUGGAGGAAGGCUGCUACUCACCACACCAAGUCUUCAACGUGGACGAGACGGGCCUGUUCUGGAAGCGGCUCCCAGAGCGCAUGCUGCUGGCACUGGAAGGGGCAGCUGGGCCUGGCCUCAAGGCCUCUAAGGACCACCUGACCCUGCUGCUUGGUGGCAAUGCAGCUGGUGAUUUCAAACUGAAGCCUCUGCUGGUGUACCCCUCAGAGAACCCACGUGCUCUCAAGGGCUGCUCCAAGGCCAGCCUUCCUGUGGUCUGGCGCUCAAAUCGCAAUGACUGGCUGACACCCAGCAUCUUCCAGGAGUGGUUUACUGGCUGCUUCUGCCCUGCUGUAGAGAACUACUGUGCCAGCCACGGCCUCCCACACCGUGCCCUGUUGCUCCUGGAUGGCGCGCCCUGCCACCCUGCUCACCUGGAUGGCCUCUCAGCCCAUGUGAGAGUUGAAUUCCUGCCCAAGAACACAUCGGCCCUGAUCCAGCCCAUGAACCAGGGUGUCAUUGCCACAUUCAAGGCCUAUUACCUGCGCCGCAUGCUCAGCCAGCUAGUCCAGGAGACAGCUGGUGAAGACCGACCCUCUGUGCAGGAGUUCUGGCGAAGCUAUACUGUUGUGACCGCUGUGGACAAUAUAGCCGAAGCCUGGGCAGAGCUGCAGCCUGUCACCAUGAACAGUGCCUGGAGAAAGCUCUGGCCCGAGUGUGUCCCUGCUGGCACACCCGAGCCUGACACUGUGCCUCAGCUCCGCCGCAGCAUUGUUGCACUAGCUAGCCAUGUGGGCCUUGGAGAUGCAGCUGAGGCUGAUGUUGCCAACCUACUGCAGGCCCAUGGGGAGCCCCCCCGCCACGGCAUCCCCCAGGAUACAGAAGAUGGGGACAUCAGUGGCUCUGGGUUGCCUUGGGAGGCAGGGAAAGGCUCAGUUUCCAGAAAACCAGAGCCAGAUUUCACAGAGGCUGUGGUGGGUGCAAGGACUGAGGAAGCUGGUGUGGGUGCUCUGAGCCCCGAGCACCUGGCCCAGGCCCUGUCUCACUUUGCUGCUGGUUUACGAGUCCUCAUGGAGAAUGAUCCAAACCGGGAGCGCAGCCUGCGGGUCUCUCGGGGUGUCCACUGUGCCCUUGCCCACCUCUGGGAGCUGCACUGGGAAGGGAGGCGACAGGCUCGGGCAGCUGCAUCCUCAGGAGGCCUCACUGCAGUGGCAGCAAGGGAGUUGGCAGGAAACCUGCCUUUGCCCCAAGUAGGGCCCGUAGAGGGUAGAGAAGUGGUUAAGGGCACACGUCCAGAAGGGCAGACCUCUGGCUGUCCUGUAUGAUUUGGGGCUUGGACUUGACCUCAUGUGAUCUCUGUCUAGUGAUGUUUUGUUUCUGGAGGUCAGAUACUGCUACUUCUCCCACAUGGUUCUCAUAUCUCAUGAUCUGUGGUCUCUGUAUAGUGACAUACAGCUCCAGGCUUGGGGAACAGAAGGGUGGUGGUCUCUGAUUGGCAGAUGAAUUGUAGGGCCCAGGAGUGCCCUCCCAUGACAGGGACACAUCCUGUAGUAUGGUAGUUGCCCAGCAUAGCCUGCCAGGGCAGCUUUCCUUGUGGUGAGAGGCCAGAAGUAAGAUCAGCCUCUUCCAUUUUCCAAACUUGACCUCUCCCUGCACCGUUGUGACCCUUCCUUGCCAACUUUAGAUGAGGGUUUCCUGUUCUGGGCAUGUCCGUUCUCACUUUCCAUGCCAUCCUCACGUCUUCUGGCUUCCAUGGCCUCUGUUGACCCGGGUCUCUGGUACCUUCUCUGUGCCUGAGCACUUUGAUACUGUGGAUUUUGAUACCAGGGAUCACUUCCUUUGGAGAUGUUUUCUUCCUGAGUUUCUGUGGUAUAGUUGUCUUGGCUUCCUUCCAUCCUCUGAGGUUGAGGCUUUUGUGACUGUGAUGGUCUCCCUAUUCGGGUGCUCUUUGAAAAAUACCAUCCACUCCUAAGAACUCAGUGAUCAACUCAGGGUUAACUCCUAGUACAUUAGUUACAGCCCAGCCUCUCCCUGAGUUAGAUCCAAAGCUCUGAUUCUGAUGGACACCCACACACACACAGUUUUAUUAUCUCCCCUAAUUCCAGUUUGUUUUUCUGUCCCUCAAACUGUAACAACGGGCAUUGUGGGGUGUCCAUCUGACUGCAGAAAUACCACCUGGGUCACCAAAACACAUGAGCUGCAUGAGCCAUAGGUGGUGGGACAGGGGUGUCUGGGCUUUUGAACUCCUUUCAAAUACAAGUGCACAUACACACACUCACACCAAGUAAUAAAGAUGAGAGAAAGGA